AUGUUUUUCGUGACCCGACCCGUUUCGAACACUGUAAGUUUAUGUAUUUAUUAUAAAGGAAAAUGUGUUGUUGAUUUAUAUGGUGGUUGGAAAGAUUUACAAAGAAAAGAACCAUAUACAUCUGAUACAUUACAAUUAGUUUUUUCAGUAUCAAAAGGAAUUUUAUCAGCAGCUAUAGCUUUAUGUGUUGAAAGAGGUGAUUUAUUAUCACAUCGUGCUGGUUUACCAUAUAUUAAUCAAACUCUUACAGUUGAUGAUGUAUGUGAUUGGUCUAAAAUGAUUUCUUUAUUAAUUAAUGAAAAGCCUCAUUGGAAACCUGGUACAACACAUGGAUAUCAUGGUCAUACGAUUGGAUAUAUUGCUGGAGAAUUAAUUCAUCGUGUUGAUCCUCAACAUCGUUCAUAUGGACAAUUUGUUUGUGAUGAAUUAGAUCAUGAUUAUUAUGUUGGUAUAACAAAUAAUGAAAUCGAUGCACAUAUCGCUCCAUUAUUUGAAAAACAGGUCGAUAGAAACACAGUCGAUCCAAAAUUCAUAGAUUCAGCAGCUGACAAAACUUUAACAUUUAAUGGUGCUUUACCUUUAGAACAAUCUCAAAUGAUCUAUAAUGAAUCGAAAAUUCAUCGUGCAGAAUUACCAGCUGUUAAUGGUAUUACAAAUGCUCGAUCUUUAGCUAAAAUUUAUAAAAAAACAUUAUCAGAAGCAAUAAAAAAUUCAACACCAAUUGGUGAAUUAGAUCAAACUUUAUAUAAAAUGCCAACAACUUUUAGCAAAGGCGGUUUUCAAAUAUAUGGAGAUAGUUUUCAUAUAUUUGGUGAUGGAGUUUUUGGUCAUACUGGGUAUGGUGGUAGUUGUGCAUUUGCUUAUCCGUCACAACAAUUAACUUAUGCUCAUGUAUGCAAUCAUCUAGAUCCUUAUGCAUUUACAAUUGAUCAUCGAAGUAUUCGUAUUAUUCAAGCUAUUGAAAAUAUUCUUAAACAUCAAUAG